AUGUCCCAAAACGGACCAGUCGGCAACGGCCCCUCGGCCGCCGAGGCUGCCGUCCACAGAAACGACGACGAGGCAUCCCGACAACGAAGCACCGCGCCGCACUACAACUCGUUCCCCAACUACCGCGCGAUCCAACAUGAAACGCCCAAUGACCACGAGACCAGCACCCAGAAGCAGGCAGCCGCUGCUGCCGGAAGCGGCGGGAAGCCCUCGGCCCGGGUCCUCGGGCCCGACCUGCUGCGCGGCCUGCUUAUGAUGUUCAUGGCCAUGGACCAUCUCGGCAUCGCGCUGCGGCCGUGGGAGCACGGUCUGGGCCGGCACGCGGAGAAGGACGGCGUGCCCGUCAAGGAGUGGAACCGCCCGGCCGGCUACCUCGUGCGCUCGCUCACCCACCUCUGCGCGCCGGGCUUCACGCUGCUCCUCGGCACCGGCGUCGUUUACCUGGGCCAUUCGCGCCGGCGACAACAGGGCUGGAGUGCGUUCCGGCUGCUGCGCUACUUUGCGCUGCGCGCGGUCGCGCUCACCGUCGUCAUGAUCGUCCACAGCCUCGUCAUGACGGCCGGUCAGCUGUGGUUCCUCAACAUCGUGCUCUUCGCGCUCGCCGCGGACUACUUCCUCGCCGGUGCCCUCUGGCUCGCCGCCGACGAGACGGAGCGCUGGCUCGCUAGACGCCUGGCGAGAGCGCUGGUGGACAACAAAGACGACGACGACACUGCGUGCGCGCGCGACAAUGACAUGGACGCCGAACAACCACUUCUACACGCCGCCGAGGGGCGACCGCCGACAAGAAGCAGCACCAGCACCAGCACGGAAGCAAAGGCGGCAAGUAUAUCAUGGCACGUACACAACGGGCUCCUGGUUGUCCUCAGCAUAGUGACCAUUUUUUGGAACAUCUGGCUGUCCGAGAACUACGGCGAAUGCGCCGCCACUUCAUCGUCCGCCGCCGCCAUGUCGGAAGGCGUUGCCGUGACUGCGCCGGCCGGCCGCACCCCGGGCUGGGACGACCGAAAGAUGGACGAGUACUGGUGGCUGCGCCUCUGGUUCUACGAGACCAACGCACCCGGCGUGCUGUCCGCCUUCCCGCCGCUGGCGUGGCUGUCCUUUGCCAUCGUCGGCGUCCUGUACGCGCGGGUCAUUAUCAGCUCCGAGCGCCCCCGCCGCGGUGCCGCCGGCCCCGCGCGCAUCUUGAUGCUGCACUUGGCCGCCGGCCUCGUCCUCGCCGUCGCAUUCGUGCUCACGCGCCUGCUGCACGUCGGGAACCUCUCCGAGCACUGCCUGCAGACUCCCGAGAACCGGCAGCCCCCGCGCGUCGGCGGCAGCAGCAACCAGUACCUCGCGUCGCCCGCGGCUUUCUUCUACACGGUCAAGUACCCGCCCGACGUCGCCUUCUGGGCGCUGACGCUGGCCGCCAACUUCUUCCUCCUCGCCGGCCUCUGGCGCGUCCCGGCUGCGUUUGCCCGAAAGUGGCUCGCCAUCGUCCUCGACUUUGGCACCGCGUCGCUCUUCUUCUACGUCGUGCACAUGCCCGUGGUGUUCGUCACGGGCUGGGCGGCGUGCGUCCUUUUCGGCCACGAGCCCGGCCCGGGGGCGCCGCCGUCGCCUGGGGGCGGCCUCGUGUCGGAUAAAGUGAUUGACAGCGUUUUCGGCUUCUUCGCCGUGUGGGCGCUCUGCCUGCUGAUCAUGUGGCCCCUGUGCCGAUGGUACGGGCUGUUCAAAUUUGGAAAGCCGUCGGAUUCGCUGUGGCGGAUACUGUAA